AUGGGGUGCCGCUCCCUGGUGUCCCUGACAGCAGGCCGCUCCGCUGCAGAACGGCACCUGCCUGUGGACCUGGAGCUGUCACCGCUGCCGUCCUUCUGCCAGUGCUGCAGUCCCAGAAGCUGCCCUCCAGGCCCGAACCCUACAGCGGCGCUUUCUUUAGGCCUUUGCAGCUCCAGCCCAGAGUGUGUGCUUCUGAGAUCCCUUCAGGUCACCACCCAGUGGUUCCGGGACACGCCGGCCUCUGAGGAACUUGAGGGUCACUUGGCCACUGGGCCAGGGGUCUCCGGCCGUGUGCUGAAGAGUGAGUCCUUCCGUGUUGCUGCCAUCCCGAUGACCCCAGCGAUCCUGGGCAGCUCACGGCCAGCACCCGGGGUCUGCGGCAGUGACCAAAAACUUGCCAGAGGGGCCGUGCCCGUCCUGCAGGGGGCUCGAGGACCUCGCCCAUCUCGGCAGAGGGCGCGCGGGAGGCCAGUUGAAGAGGCCUCGGGACCCUUGGCUUCCGUGUCCGGGCGCCUCCAGCUCACCCCCAUCCUCAUGCAGUUCUGUGGCCCAGAAAAGGCCAUCUUGUGGCUCUUCCGCCUGACUCUGGUGGCUUUGGUCUCUGCUCGGCUUCUGGUAGCUUUCUCCUGCUCACCCGGGCCCCGGCUUCUCAUUAGGCUCCUGGCCGACUUGGCUGUGCGGAGGGAGCUGCACACGGAGCGGGUCCUGCUGCAGAGCUCCGCUGUCCCAGCAUCCACAGCGGCAGCCACGCUGGCUUCUCCCGGCCUCCUGGGCUGCUGUUGCCUGCACAACACUUCCUCACCUCUCCCGAGGCUGCCAGACCACCUCAUCACCUCAUUCUACUUCCCUGAGCUCUUAAGGGGCCCUGUCCCCAAAUACGGGGCUGGGGACGUAGCUCAGUGGCUGAGCGUUUACUGGGUUCACUUCCCACUCCAGCCUCCUGGUGGCCUCUGUCUGAGCCGGCCGGGCUGCAGCCUGCGCCCUGCUGGGCAGGGAGGUCGCACAGGAGGCUCAGGCCCCGUCUCCCCACCUUGGCAGUUCGCUGUGGUCCAGGUGGACACCGCCCGGGAGCUGGAGGACGCCGACUUCCUCCUGGAGAGCUACCUGAACCUGGCUCGCAGCAACGAGAAGCUGUGCGAGUUCCCCAAGACCAUCUCCUACUGCAAGACCUGCCUCGGCCUGCCCGGCACCGGGGUGGGCGCACGGCUCGGGGGCCAGGUCAGCCUGAGCAUGGGCAACGCCUUCCUGGGCCUGAGCCUUUUCCAGAAGGCCCUGGAGAGCUUUGAGAAGGCCUUGCGCUACGCCCACAACAACGACGACACCAUGCUGGAGUGCCGCGUGUGCUGCAGCCUGGGGAGCUUCUACGCGCAGGUCAAGGACUACGAGAAAGCCCUGUUCUUUCCUUGCAAGGCGGCGGAGCUCGUCAACGACUACGGCAAAGGCUGGAGCCUCAAGUACCGGGCCAUGAGCCAGUACCACAUGGCUGUGGCCUACCGCCUGCUGGGCCACCUGGGCAGUGCCAUGGAGUGUUGUGAGGAGUCCAUGAAGAUCGCACUGCAGCACGGGGACCGGCCUCUGCAGGCGCUCUGCCUGCUCUGCUUUGCUGACAUCCACCGCAGCCGCGGGGAUCUGGAGACCGCCUUCCCCAGGUACGACUCCGCCAUGAGCAUCAUGACCGAGAUUGGAAACCGCCUGGGGCAGGUGCAGGUGCUGCUGGGUGUGACCAAGUGCUGGGUCGCCCGGAAGGCUCUGGACAAGGCUCUAGAUGCCAUCGAGAGAGCCCAGGACCUGGCUGAGGAGGUGGGGAACAAGCUGAGCCAGCUGCGGCUGCACCGGCUUGCAGAGGACAUUUGCCGCAGCAAGGGGCUGCAGCGGGAGGUGCGCGCCCACGUUGUGCGCUUCCACGCGUGCGUGGAGGAGACCGCGCUGUACUGCGGGCUGUGCGGCGAGGCCGUUGGUGAGCACAACAGCCGGCUGCAGGCGCUGCCCUGCGCGCACCUCUUCCACCUCAGGUGCCUGCAGAGGAGCGCGGCCCGGGGCUGCCUACGAGCCCCUCCACCUGCAGCCAGACCGGAGCCUCAGUUUGCCGUGGGCAGCCGCAUGGUCUCCAGGGCCACAAGGGGCCUGGGCCGCCUCUGCUGA